GUAGUAAACAGAGCAGUCAUAACCGGUCAUAACCGGAUGUGUGGUAACUUUGAACAUGUCUGAACCUGCAUGACAAGCAGCAACACACUACUAUGAGGUUCUCAGUUGAUUGUGAGUCGCCAUUCAGUUCGGUUGCGUUUUCUGUAGCGGCUCUAAAAAAAUGCUAAAGUUCAAGAGUUGAACAAAGUGGCAGUAUGGAACUUGCGGUAAAAUUACAGAAGCACAGCUUAUGAGAAUGACUAUAUGUCUCCCUGUCUCGUGCGCGUGUGUUUAAGUGUAAAUUUAAGAUUCAGAGUUAAACCAGUGUCUAGAGGGACAAGGUUUGGGUCGAUUAUGCCGUGAAGACGAAAACGGCGGAUGUGUUGAAACAGCUGACAGAAAUUACUACAGGCCUUCGAUCAGUGGAAAAGGAGAAUGCAGCAAUGUAUUAAUGUGCAAAUGGGGAGUAGUAUAUUGAAGGGGACAAGAAUUAAAUUCGUAACAUAUCAUUAAAGGUUUGCCUUUUGGACUAAGAGAAAAGUUUCAACAAAAUGAACUAGAAACAUUGCGAUGGAAAUCCACAUGCUACGCCAGGAGGAGCACUGGGAACACGCGCAUGACAUUAUAUCAGUUAAAUGUGUCUAUUAAUAAGAAAACGUCUGGAACGCAGUUUCUCUCAACCAAGAACUAAAAGAACCUCCUGAGAUUUGAGGUAGAAAAUACUGGUCAGACAUCCUGGUACGAUUCAAAGACUACAGGGAGAUACAUUUUAACAGUUUACCUCUACCCAGUUCCUUCUGGAAUCAAAACGAGCGGGGAAAGCAGCUUCCAAACGCCACUAGGAAUAAUGCUGAGGAGGGCUGUUAACAUUGCUACCAUUAGUGAGGAGGAUAUCAUGGGUGAGGAAAUCGGGGUGGAUGGAAUGGUUGAAAUCAUCCCAUCAAAUCGUCUGAGUGGAGGAGAAAGGGAUGGCCUUGAUGAAACAGAAGCAUGUAACAUACCCUGGAGAGAGAGCGGAAGCGGUGGAAAAGACAGGCCAGACUCGGAGAGGCGGUCGAGCCUGGUGGAGAGAGAUGACGAUGGCGUUGAAGGAGUCUCAACUUCUAUCCUCAAGGCCAUCUCAUCCUUAGAUGGUCCUUCCUCGAAGUCCAUGCCAAGGUCAAAAAGCACAGAGUCUCUCUCUUACAACAGUUACUCAAAAGCUCCGCGAGGAACAUCACCGUCUUCUACUAUGAGAAGAACUGCGACAUGGAGAGGUACCAGGUCACCAGGGAGCACUAUGAAUUUAUCAGGAAAGUUCGUAACGGAAUUAACUUUGUAUGACCCGUUCAGCGGACCAACCAAAACUUCCGCUAUCAUUCUUGGGAUGUUCAUAGCAACAGAUCAAACAAUGGGCGACCACUUCGUAUACAAGAUGUCCCCUGUCUCGCCCUUGUCUGCUCUGAAAAUUCAGCAGCAAGAUAGACUACUUAAAGUGAAUGAUAUAAACGUAGCUGGAUGGUCGCAUAAUUGCCUAGUCGAGUUCAUCAGAAGUUUAACGUUGUCGUACGCAUGCGAUUUAGGAGAGAUAUCGCAGGAUACAGCCUUUGAAAUGCCUUUCAGCAUGGAAUUUCGGAGGACAGGGAAGGCUAUCCGAUCAGCAGAAGAAUCACCAAGUAGUAAAAGAGUUGCAGCUACGAUUCGAAUCCGAAAAUUAAGAGCUACAGUCAUGUCGGUCCACGAAUCCGUGGUCAGAGUCAAGUACAAUACCACGAGCACAGCUCGUUUCAGACUGAAGGAUACGGAGGAUGACCUGUACCUCAAGGCCAGCUCUUCACCUAAGAACAUAGUUGAUAUGUACGUCGGUUCUCAUACAUCCAAGGAGGAUGAAGUGUACUUCCGGUUACACCACUUUCACGUAUCGCCAGCACUUCCAGGAUCGGGCGAAGUUGUCGUCAUCGAAACGCCAAGCGGAAACGGAUAUUUACACGCUGUCUCUCCUAAUUCAGUGGCUGUGAUGGCAAUGACGACGCCCCCUACCGCGUUCCUGCAAACAGACAACAGAUUCUUCUACAUUUCAUACGUGCAAGGAGGUUCUGCUGUUAGAAUCAAGCACAUUACUACUGGGCAUUACCUCUCCGCGAAUAAGGACGGAAUUUCCCUCGUCGGCCUCAGCAACGACCUGACCCUCCCGAGUGACACGCACUUCGAGAAGCUUUCAAGUUGAUUUGAGGACAGGGGGACGACAGAAAUUAAAACUAAGGAAAAGAAUAUCUGAGUAACGUAGCUACUGAUUUCAAGAAACCACGCCGAGGGCUCUGAAUAGCAAAGAAUAAGGGAGUUAUUGUAUACAUUACUUCGAAUGACUCAAAUCAAUGAUUUUCAUCAGUUUUAGCGUUUAUUAAGGAAUAAAUUAUGUUCGCUUUAAAUGGUGAUAAGAUGAACAUUAUUACAUUCUACUUCUUUGGUAUACACAAAUGUUGUUCAAAAUUUUCAGAUAGGUUGUUUCUAGUACUAAGAAGAAGAUUAAGAUUUCAGACCAAAUCUACACUUAUACUCUUUUACUUUACGUAAUUCCGAAAACGAGAAUAUACUGGCUUUAUCUGUCAUUUCCAUGAAUUAAUUUACUUCACAUUGCACUUAUCAGUUUACCCUUGCAUUAUCCUGUUAUAUCUCGUAACUACGUAUGAAAGGAAUGCUCUGAAAUGUCUGACAGGCGUUGGUGGAUUUAAUUAGUUUGCUUUGUGAUACAAACUAAAAAUCACUUGCUCUAGUGCAUUUAAUUUUGUAUAAUACUUCAUGACCUAGAAUAGAAUAGAUGUACAAAAUUACAGCUCCUGAGAGAGAGAGAGAGAGAGAGAGAGAGAGAGAGAGAGAGAGAGAGAGAGAGAGAGAGAGAGAGAGAGAGAGAGAUGCAUAAAGGGUAAAUAUUUUAAGAAUUCAUAACAGAUAUUUCAGCGAGUCAAUAUAUAACCUAAACAUCCCCAGUGUAGCAAAACCCAUAAAAUAUGUCUGUCAACUCUGUAUCUUUUUUAAAUGUUAAGGACCAAAUUUUUUCAGACACCUGCUGAAGAUUUGGGUAAGGCCAGUGAUGACAAUGAUAAUAAUGAUAAUACCAUAUUCCAUAUCUACAGUGAAAUACUUAUAUUAGCAGGUCUUGCCUGACGCAAUUCUAUAAGGAUGGGCGAAAGCUAAACUUCGACCUAAUUCAUUUGUAUUUACUUGUAGACUUGUAGACUUUCAGAACAUUUUCUAACCUGCUAAGGAUAGGAGUAACUAAAUAUAGAUGGAAUAUUCAACAUAAAAGAAAUAAAUAAAGAGGUAAAACAGAACGGAAAUUGUUAUCAUAUCAUCAGGUUUUUUAUUUACACUUCGAUCUCGGAUAUGCCCAAAUUUAUUUCCAGCUUUUGGAUGAAAACAAUUUUUAGGUACCUAUCUCUGUCCAGUCUCAUAGAUGCAAACUCACUAAUAUCAUAAAAUACAUAACUGUUAAUUUUUAUACUCUUUCUAAAUGUGGCAUUAGAUGUUUUCAGGCUAAUAAUUUACAUGAACAAAUUUUUGCACCUUUUUUUAGUGUUUUAACUAGACUAGACACUAAAUCCUGUAGCAAUAAGGCCUCCUAACAAAUAUGGAUUUCGCCACGUUUAUAUGUUAAUAAUAAUAAAGUACACUACCUGUGAUAAGAGUGGUUUUUCAUGAAUUUCUAACCUUGUGCUAAAACUAACGCACAAGAAUGUCAGUAUUUGAGUUUAUAGAAUUAAUGGUCAUUAAACUGGUUAUGAAACUC